AUGCCUCCCCCUGCAGUUGCACGUAAGCGCAGCAGGGCGCUACUUCAGGAGCCGGACGAGCUGGCUCCCAAGAAAGAUGAUGUUCCAUUGUUGAGCACCAAGAAAAGGAAACUCAACACCUACCGCUCAUCUCCCGCAAGCAGAGGCGGGCAUGUUAAGCGGGCACCUCGAAGCCCUGCGGGGCCCGUCGGUCUGGGAAAGAAUGGCCAGGAGAACUUGCCUGAAGAGGAUGAGAAGGACGAGCUUGCCGGCGACAGUAACAACGAGGUCGGCACGAAUUGCAGGAACGCCAAAGAUAUCUGGGAGGUGGAGGUCUCGGAUCCGGAAGAGGCGACUUCGGUGCGGAGGCCUGGUUCGGAGCGCUCGAGACCAGGCGCAACUGCCAAAGCAAUCCCCAAGACGACACCGUCGAGCGCGAAGCCUGGGAGACAGAGCGGCAGUGCGAAAUCAAAGCUGGACAGGGCCAUCUCAGGCAAUACGGAGGGGAUCAUUGCGCCAACAAGAGGAAUUGGUAGAAAUGCAACAACAACGGCGGAGAAGGGCCAGGCUCUGCUGGUGCCAACUGCGAAACCAAGCCCUCAGCAACGUUCAUCGGGGCGAGGAAGACCUCGGAAAUCAGACAUUUUGAAACAGGCAAAGAUGUUGUCCAGACAGGCCGUUCGAGAGAAGAUGAUGACAGCAGGGGAUGAUGGCGUCAGUGACGAGGAAGAAGAGGCGGAAAUCGCAGCUACGCCCACUAGGAAACGAAUGAGCCAGAUCCCAUCGGCGGAACCGGCUGCAGGAGAACCAGCUCCUCCCGCUGCAAGAGCCUCUGCCGCCAAAAAAAUGGGACGGCCACUGAAGACACGAUUAGCUGAGAUGGGCGCGACGAUACAGUCGCCGAAAGGAAUACUUAGCCCUGCAAAUCAACGAGCUGCGAGUGGCAGGAAGAGCGUGGCUUUCGAUGCUGAUACUGAAAUGGAUCUGGGCUUCAAGGACCUUCCAAAGUCUGUCGCAUCGGUCCCACCGAAGCAGUCGAUUCGAGGCACUAGUAAAUUUCCGACUCAGAAGUCCCAGAAACCAUUCCUGGCCGCAGAAAGUUCUGUGGAGGAGGGAGGAGGGCAUGAGUUAGAGGAUGCACAAGCAGCAACAGAAGAAGUCGAAUCUGACGAGGAAGACGGCGAGAUGUGCUCACUAUGCUCCGGGCUACGGUCUACAGAGGAGAACCCCAUCAUAUUAUGCGACGGAAAGGAUUGCGAAUUUGCGGUUCACCAGGAAUGCUAUAAGCUUGCAAAGGUUCCCGACGGGGACUUUUUCUGCAGGAAUUGUGGUCCCGAAGUUGAGAAAUUGAGUAUACCAACACGACUAAGCAAAGAAUCACCAAAGAAAGUAAAGCGCAAGACUCCGCAGAGUGACUGGCUUGCGAAGCACCUAGAACAAUGUCAGCGCGUACUGUUGGGCAAAUUGACUGGCCAGAGGCGGAUCAAAUUACGAGGUCAUGAUGAGGAAAUGCAGAAAGUUCAUCAAGUAGUCGAGCAGACAGUCUUGGCGGGAGAAGGGAAUUCCAUGCUUGUAAUAGGAGCCAGAGGCUGUGGGAAAACGACGCUGGUCGAAUCUGUAAUUUCAGACCUCUCCAUGGACCACAGGGAAAAAUUUCAUGUUGUACGACUGAAUGGGUUCAUCCAUACUGACGAUAAACUUGCGUUAAAAGAGACAUGGAGGCAGUUGGGCCGCGAGAUGGAGCUGGAGGACGAUAUUGCUAGCAAGACAAGCAAUUACGCUGAUACCCUUUCUUCUCUCUUGGCUCUUCUCUCCCACCCGAGCGAAAUCUCUGAAGCCCAGCCAGGGCAGACUGCCAAGUCCGUUAUUUUCAUCCUGGAUGAAUUUGACCUCUUCACAACACAUCCACGCCAGACCCUUCUCUACAACCUGUUCGAUAUCGCACAAGCGAGGAAGGCCCCAAUCGCAGUGUUGGGGCUGACAACAAAGGUUGAUGUUGUUGAGAGCCUCGAGAAAAGGGUCAAAAGCCGCUUUAGUCAUCGAUACGUAUACCUCUCAUUGCCUCGAAGCCUUCCAGCAUUCUGGGAAAUUUGCAAAGGAGGCCUCUGCAUUGAGACGGAGGAGCUUGAUGACGAGAGCUCUGGUUUCGGGAAGUCCGGCCAGGGGGAUUUCGCCUCGUUUUGGCGAUCAAUGAUCGAGGACCUGUACCAAAACGACGCCCUCUUCAAGUUUCACGUACAAUCAGAAUUCUAUCGAACCAAGUCCGCACCGGCAUUCUUCACAUCGUGUAUCAUGCCCAUUGCGAAACUGUCAGCAGAGGACAUACCUCUCACCGGCAGCCUGUUCGCAAAUACCUUGUCCGCCCCGGACUCGAAACUUCAAAUCCUCCAAGGACUGUCUGAGCUCGAGCUUGGAAUUCUCGUCGCUGCUGCACGACUCGAUAUCAUCUUGGAUACCGACACGUGCAACUUCGCGAUGGCCUAUGAUGAAUACAGUUCGCUGACGUCUCGAUACAAGAUCCAAACCUCUAGCACCGGAGUCAUGGCCCUCGGAGCCAGCGCAAGGUUAUGGGGCCGAGAAGUUGCCCUGGGAGCUUGGGAGAGGCUGGCAGAAUACGGGCUGCUGGUUCCUGCAGCAAUAGGCGGGGGCGGUGGCAGGGACUUGGGAGCCGGAGGUCGAAUGUGGAAGAUGGACAUCGGACUCGAGGAGAUUACCGGAAGUGUGGCUGGUCUGAGUGGUGUCAUGGCCAAGUGGUGCCGCGAGAUAUGA